CCUCCUGAACAGACAGAGAGGUGCGUUCAGACCUCGUAGCAUCACUGGACUUUCCGUGUACGAGUGCUGAAGACAAACGAGCUGCACGGUGCGGAAUCACGAGCUCGCAUUGAGUUUGAUCAGGUGGGAGGCUUUUACGCACGCAUGUGUUUUUUUUUCUCUGAGCUGUGAUCAAAGUUUGGAUUCUUUUUUUCAAAAGUAAGCGCGCUUUCAGUGACUGCAUGAACUAGCUUGGGACAUUUGAGGCUCAUAUAAGAGAGCAGCUUGCCACCUGAAAUGACCACUGAGGCGCAUUCGCAUUUGGGACUGCAAAAAAACAACAUGGAUUUUGUGAGCGACUUUGACCUGAUGAAGUUCGGCGUCAAGAAAGAGACAAUGCAAGGGAUAGAGCGCUCCUUCAUCGGGCCGUGCAGCCAGCUUCAGAGACCAGACUCUGUCUCCUCCACUCCUGCCAGCACACCUUGCAACUCGGUACCCUCAUCACCAAACCUCAAUCCAAACGAGCAAAGAAAUAACCCUGGAGGUGACCAGUUCUGGGUACCAAACAACGGGGGUUACCCACAGCAAAUGUACCCCCAAGCUUUUGGUCUGACCCCCGAGGACGCAAUGGAGGCCUUAAUCGGCACCACGGCGCAUCAGGGACACCCAUCUGCACCCCACAGUCAUCAUCCACCAUCUUUUCAAGCUGAAUACGAGGGGUACGGACAUCUUGGCGAGCCUGCUCAGCACUACCCAGGACUGCCGGGUCAUCCCGACAUGCAAGGCAUCCCCAGCAGUCACUGCCAAGACCCCUUUCUCAAAGAUGACCUGGGUUGCGACUCCCCUGAGUCGCCAGAGUCCCAGCAGAUCCUCGGCGCGCACCACCACCUCCAGCAUAGCCGCCACGACCGGCGAUCCAGCGCCGAUGGCAACUUCUCAGAUGAUCAGCUAGUGUCCAUGUCGGUCAGGGAGCUUAAUCGGCUCCUCAGAGGCCUCAGCAAGGACGAGGUGAUGCGUCUGAAGCAGAAGCGUCGGACCCUGAAAAACAGAGGUUACGCACAGUCCUGCCGCUACAAGCGCGUGCAACAGAAACACAUCUUGGAGCAUGAAAAGACCAACCUGGCGUCACAGGUUGAGCAGCUGAAACAUGAACUCAACAGACUGGUCCGGGAAAGAGAUGCAUACAAACAAAAAUGUGAGAAACUGUCUGGUGCAAACUGUUACCACGAAACUGGGUCCACCAGUGACAAUCCUUCCUCCCCAGAGUAUUUAAUGUGAGUUUCUAAAUUUCCUGCUGGACUGCUCUUUCUACUUUGGGAGGCAAGUUGUAAUAAAUGAUGGACAUAUGGAUAUCACUCAAAUAAUUGUAAUAGAUGCAACUAGGCAACAAGUUAUAUGGAAAUGACAAUAAAGCAUGCAUGCAGGACAUGUAUGAGAUGUUUUUAUUGUACACAGGCAUAUCUGUAUUUUGUUUGAAAGGAGAUACUUGAAAUCAGAGAAUAUUCCCGUUUUAUUAAUAUUAAACAUUAAAUCUUCUACAUUAGUUACUGCUAAUUUUCUUUUGUUGAUUUUACUUUGCUUAGUUGUUUUGUAUCUCGAAUUAUAUAUUGUCUCCAUGCUUCUUCAAAAUUGAAAAUACACAGUAGAAUGAUGCUGAAAUUACCUUGUAUUAUUUUUAUGAAGCUGAUUCUGCUGGACAGACGUGUUCAUCAUUUGCUUUUCUUGUUAAGAUAAUAUAUAAAUAUGCAAAUUGUUUUUCUUCUACUAUGUUUGUCAUUUACGAUGGAUCAAUAAAUCCAUUGUGACUUUUUAAAA